AUGUUUUCUAUCAUCCUCAUCUGCUUCCUGCUGGUGCUGUCGGGGAUGUUCAGCGGUCUGAACCUGGGGCUGAUGGCGCUGGACCCCAUGGAGCUGCGCAUCGUCCAGAGCUGUGGAACCGACAAGGAGAAGAACGACGCGAGAAAGAUCGAACCCAUCCGGAGCAAAGGGAACUAUCUGCUGUGCUCUCUGCUGCUGGGGAACGUCCUGGUGAACACCACCCUCACCAUCCUCCUGGACGACCUCAUCGGCUCGGGUUUGGGCGCCGUGGUGGCCUCCACCAUUGGGAUCGUGAUCUUCGGUGAGAUCGUCCCGCAGGCGCUGUGCUCCCGCCACGGGCUGGCCGUGGGCGCCAACACCAUCAUGGUGACCAAGUUCUUCAUGUUCCUCACCUUCCCGGUGUCCUUCCCCGUCAGCAAGCUGCUGGACGUCCUGCUGGGCCAGGAGAUCGGCACCGUGUACAACCGGGAGAAGCUGGUGGAGAUGCUGAAGGUGACAGAACCCUACAACGACCUGGUCAAAGAGGAGAUGAACAUGAUCCAGGGCGCCCUGGAGCUCCGCACCAAAACCGUGGAGGACGUGAUGACGCCGCUGGGCAACUGCUUCAUGAUCCAAGCGGACGCCGUGCUGGACUUCAACACCAUGUCCGAGAUCAUGGAGAGCGGGUACACCAGGAUCCCGGUGUACGACGACGAGAGGUCCAACAUCGUGGACAUCCUCUACGUGAAGGACCUGGCCUUCGUGGACCCGGACGACUGCACCACCCUGAAGACCAUCACCAAGUUCUACAACCACCCGGUCCACUUUGUGUUCCACGACACGAGGCUGGACGCCAUGCUGGAGGAGUUCAAGAAAGGUAAAUCCCACCUGGCCAUCGUCCAGAAGGUGAACAACGAGGGGGAGGGAGAUCCUUUCUACGAGGUGCUGGGAUUGGUCACGUUAGAGGACGUCAUCGAGGAGAUCAUCAAAUCAGAGAUCCUGGACGAGUCUGACCUUUACACUGACAACAGAAACAGGAAAAAGGUUGACUCGAAUAAAAACAAGCCUGACUUCUCAGCCUUCAAGCCCGACGCGGACAGUAAAGUGAAGAUCUCUCCUCAGCUCAUGCUGGCGGCUCAUCGUUUCCUGGCUACAGAGUUUCGUUCUCCGUCACACGCGGGCAACCUCAACCGCUCGGCGUCCCUGAGCUGCACUGAGCGCGCUCCAGAAAGCAGCUCCGUCGGCGGGAGCGUCACUCAGAUCCCGGGCACCCCCUUCCAGUACAUACCUGACUUCUGCGUACGUGCUGUCACAGACCUCCAGUUCGUCAAGAUCACACGUGCUCAGUACCAGAACGGCCUCCUGGCGUCCAGGCUGGACAGCUCGCCGCAGUCCCCUGACGGCAGUCACACUCGCCUGGACACGUCUGUCUCUUUGCCCCCCGUGACGCCACCAGGGACCCGCAACCCACUGCCGCUGGCCACGCCUCCCGUGAGGCGCCAGCUGUCUAACACUCAGCCACCGCCGCCGCCGAGCAGCCGCACCUCUCUGCCCCCGACCUCCUCCGGCCGCAGACCGAGCCAAUCUCUGCCACAAGCCACCCCCCCUCCGAGCAACCACAACCCGCUCUCCCAAACCUCUCCGUCCUCCAUGAGUGCAGGCGCCUUUAACCCCCACCCACCUCAGACCGCCUCCUCUAAAUCCCAGCAGCCCCCGCCUUCUGCCAGCCCCGAGAACGGGCCGGGAGAGACCACCACUCUGCUCAGUGAGCAGCAGAACUGUGUGGGUCCACGCAAGCCCAGCCACACCCAGGGGCACCCCCACCCUCACGUUCACACCAUCAGUCACGCACACACUGAAAGCACCAUCUAACAGAAAGAGGGGGGGGGGGGAAACUACCUGUGCACUCACUCACAUAACACACACUCUCGCACUACUUCUUGUUCGUUGUCUCGUCCGAGGGAUCAACACAUUCGUGUAUUUUGUGAACGGAGAUCCUCCAUGAUCCCUUCCUGCAUGUCCCCCCUCCCCACACUGAGAGCGAUGGAGACUGCACAGAGGAAGAGGAGGGAGCACCAGAGGGUGUGAUUGUGGAUGUAGACGGGGUUGUGUGUGUGUGUGUGUGUGUGUGUGUGCUCUUAUAGGAUCAGUUCAUUCACAUUACAUUCACCUCGAGUGGUGUCUCGCCUUGCAGAUGGUUUUAGUUUUACAGGUUUGGAGAUUUCUGCCUUCUGCUCAGAGAUUAAUUCCUUAAAGCAGCAGAAACAACUUUCUGUCUGUGAAACAGGUUGCAGAGGAACUACUUUAUACCAUAACAGUGCAGCCUGUGGAUUAUCCAGGUCAACUGGGACCCUGUGGGUAACUUAAACAGUAGUUGUGGGUUUACGACCUGUAAAUAAAGUUCACAUCAACUUUCAGCUUAAUUGGGAAAAGCUUGACUCUAACAAAUACAGAAGUGCCUGAAAAUGAAUCAAACAUCAGCCAAAGACCGUAAAAUAAAUCCAAAGUGAAAGGAUGGUGUGUUAUACUGUCAGUGACUAACUCUACAACCAUACAGUCAUCGUCACAGUACGACCACUCGCUAACUGAUUACAAUAAUCUUUGGCUUUUCUACCAUCCAUUUAAUAUGACAGCUGAUGCUAACAUUAGCUAGGCCCUGUCCUUUGAUUAAUGUUUAACUAGCACAGCAGUGUGACUCCACAGGUGUUCAAAUAACGUAAAAGAACAGUAACAUCUAGUGGGAAUCAGCGCUGAUGUUACCAAGGUAGGCUAGUUAGCUUUAACUUGAUGCUACAGUACACAACCAACUUGUGCUUGUUUAAAAAAAGGGAAAUAAAAUCUUGUAUUAAAGCUUGUUGGCUAACUACAGGACUUAGUGAUAUUUUAAAUGUUCUGAGCACAUAAAACUGAAGCUAUCUGCAAGGUGUUUUUAUUUAUUUCUGUAAUUAAUGUGAACUAACCCUUUAAGUCAUCACCGGUGAGACAUUAACAGAUCAGUGCUGUGUCCCCGUCAACCCUCUUACACAGGCUGCUGUUCAGACUUUAUUUACUUUGCCUCUCAAUUUCCAUUUAUUUUUCCCAAAGAAUGAAACUUCCCAAAAAACUAGUUUAACAAGUCAAGGUUUUUAUUUUAAUGUGAUUUUAGUCGGUUUGUUUGUGUUUUUUUGGAGUUGGAGCUUUUAUUAAGGCAGAGUGGUGACAGAUUAAUGAAUUAAUUAGUUUAAUUACCAGCAAAUGGACCAGAGUCACUGUACUGAGUGAAAGUUAAACAACCAUACCGGUGAUUUUCUUUGCCCAUUUAAUACAAAUCGUGGAUAUUUUAGACUAUUUUUGCAAAAAACAUGCAGCAGUAGAAAAUAAAUCAAAAUUCUUGCAUGUGAUGGAAAAUAAUAAGCAUUAAUAUGAACAAUUUGUAUUUAAUAAGCUAAAAUAAAAACACCGGAAUGGUCCUAUAAGUCAAUGUUAGUAGUUAAGGUGGGUGUCUUCCUGGCCGACCUCCUGACCAAGGCAAUAUGUUUUAAUUUAAUUUC